UUCUUAUUGCACUUAGACGGUUUUUUAUUCUAUUGUUUUUUACUUAACCGAUCUUUUUUCAUUAACAAAAAAAAACAAUGAAACUGGUAAUUUUCAUGUUUUUGGUUACGAUUUUGGCAUGUAUUGACUCCGUACCAUGUUCAACAUGGAGAGAAAGAAUGCAGAAAUAUAGUGCCUUACUCGAUUGUCAGUAUUUCCUAUCAACCGAUUCGUAUUUUAAUGAUUAUUUUCCACUGGAAGAAAUGGAAGGCAAUUUUCAAUUGGAUGCAUCGAAUAAUGGUUCACGUACCCUUCGGUUUUAUAUAAUCGGACAAAAUCAAAUUAAAUUCCGUUUGAGUCAAACUGAGUCUUCAGAUUCAAGCAAUGAAUUAUUAAGAUUUAUUAUUGGUGAGCAGUCACUAAUUAAUCACGCAGAUGGAGAUCCCCACAUAAGAUCAAUGAAGACGCCAAAUAUUGUUCGUGAAGAUGAACCAAAUGAGAUUCGUUUGGAGAUCUUGGAAGAUGGAAAACUGAAGCUGUCAGUCAAUGAAAUAUUGACAUGGGAUGUUCGAGGCGGCAUAAACAUUCUUGAUAUGAAAUACUUUAGUUUUGCAUCAGGAAUUGAUGGAGAGGUACAGGAGUUAUUUUACAAAUGCACUUCGUAAUAUUUCGGAUUGAUUGCUCUAUACACGGAUGUCAUCGAUGAUUACUAAAAUAUAUGAAUUUUACG